AUGCGCUCGGCGGCGCUCGUCCCGGCCGCGCGGGCGGGGGCGCGGGGGUGCGGGGCGGGGACGCGGGCGGGGGCGCGCGGGGGCGCGCGGGGGCGCGCGGGGGCGCGGGCGCCGAGUGCGGGCGGGGACGCGCGGGCCGCCGCUGGGAGGGGCCUCCGGGCGGGCGGCGGGGCGGCGGGGCCCGGGCGGGGCGGGGGUGGGGGGGAGGGAACCCAGCGGCCCCGAGAGGGCCGCCCGGCCCCGGCCCGUCCCCGCCCCGCCCGGGGGAAGGCCGCAGGUGGCGCGCGCCGCGGCCUGACCUGCCGCCCCUCCCGAGUGGAACGGCCCGCCCCCCCGGCCCCCGGCGGCUUUGGUACGGACCGGCGGGGAGGAAGCGUGGGAAGAGGACGCCGAGGAGCCCGCGGCCGGCUCGCGCGACGGCGGCCGGGGCGCCCCCCUCCGGCCGCGGCCCUGCUUCCCGCCGCGGCGGCCGAGCGGCCAUUAGCCGAGGCCGGCUUUCCCAUCCUGCCCGGCCCUCCCGCCCCCGCCGCACGCGGCCGCGCACCGUGCCCGCCGCCCCGGGCCGGCGCGUCCCCGCGGGCUUCACCUGCGCAGGAAAACGUAUCGUGGAUGCACUUGGCAGCUCUCCGUGUGACCCAGCCUUCGUGUGCUCGCUUUCUUCACAGCCGGCUCUACUUCGGGGAGCCCCGGCCCGGAGCUCACACAAAUCUCGGUCUGGCCUGGCCACUCGUGUCACCCUGGAUCUUGGGUAUCUGAGACUCUCCUAUCGGCAGCUCAGGUUGGCGGUCAGGGAGGCUGCCAGGGCCUCCCGGAGAGCAGGGAGGGGAGACGGGCGCCCGGCUCCCUGAGGCCCUCCUGCGUGACAGCCAAUUUCUGCCCCAUCCAGGGCGCCCUUUGCUCAUUGCGGACUGCAGGGGCCCCAACGGCGAUCAGCUCUCUAGCGCUGAUUAGGGCUGUAAAGCACCCCACACCCCACCCACACACCCACCCCUUGAAAGGAAGCUACUUUUAUCACUCUUGCAAGCCUGGCCUGGAAGAGGAAGUACUGAAGUCUCCUUUGCAUUUCCUUUUUGCUCUGUCAUCUCAGUUGGGCCAAUCCCUGUCUUAAGCUUCUGCUUAAAAAGGGGUGGGGGGGAGGUAAGGAAAAACAAAAACAAAACAGAAGCCUAGAGCUGUGUCUUCCUUAACAGCAAGAGCUUGAAUGCUUUCCCUCUAAAUUCAGGAACAAGGCUCUAGGCCUCUUUGCACACUCUUGUUAUUCAACAUAGUACGGAAGUUCCAGCCACUGCAUUAAAGCAAGAAAGAGAAAGAAAAGGCAUACACGUUGCAAAGGAAGAAAUAAAACCAUCUCUAUGUGCAGAUGAAAUGGUUGUCUUCAUUGAAAGUUCCGAGGAAAUCUACUGAAAAACAAAACAGAACCAAAAAAAAAACCCCAACUAGAAUGAGUGAGUUCAGCAAAGUCAUAGGCUACAAGAUCAAUACACAAAAAUUCGUUGCGUUUCCAUAUACUAGCAAUGAACCUGUGGAAAGUGAUAUUCAAAACGAUGCAUAAUUUAUAAUCACUGCAAAGGAAAUUAAAUGUGCAGGUACACACUUAAACCAUGUACAAGAUCUGUAUGUGGAAAAUUACAAUAUGUGGAUGAAAUGAAAGAAGACCGAAAUAAAUGGAGAGACACCCCAUUUUUAUGUUUUGGAAGACCCAGAUUAGUAAAGAUGUCAGUUCUCCCCCAGACUGAUCUCUACAUUUAAUGCAAUUCCUACCAAAAUCCUAACAAGAUUUUCUGUAGAGAUGAGCUAAUUCUGAAAUUUAUACAGAAAGGUAUAGGCUGGAGAACAGCUAAAGCAAUCUUGAAAGGGAAGAAUGAAGGGGAAGUAAUCAAGACUUUGUGUUACUGGUAGAGGCAUAGACACAAAAGUCAAUAGAAACAAAUAGGGAACCUAGAAAUAGACCCACAAAAAUAUGUCAAACUGAUGUCUGAGGAAGGUGCAAACACAGUGGCGUUGGAGCAGAGGUUGGUAGGCAAAAAAAUAAAACUCCACAUAAGCCUCACAUCUUAUACAAAAAUGAGCUCAAACUGGGUCACGGACUUGAAAAUAAAAUAUAAAACUAAACAACUUGCAGAAAAAAAAAAACAUCUUUGGGAUCUCCUAGGCAAAGGGUAUAACUUGAUACCAAGAGUAUGAUCCAUAAAAGGUAAAAUGAACAAACUGAACCUCGUUAAAAUUAGAAAUGUCUGCUCUGUGGCAGACCCUGGAGAAAGGAUGAAAAGACAAGAGACAGAGUGGGAGAAAAUACUCGUGAAACCACACAGCUGACAAAUGACUAGCAUCAAUGCACGUAAAGAGCUUUCAAAACUCAGUAACAGAAAAAUAAAAGAGUUCAGAAUAGGGCAAAAGAUAUGAAGAGACAGCUCACCGAGAAAGAGGAGUGGCAGUAAGCGCAUGAAAAGAUGUUCAACAACACCAGCCAUUAGGGAAGUUACAGAUUAAAACCACAGUAUACUGUGGCCACACACCUAUUAGAACAGCCAAAACAAAAACUGUGACAACACCAAAUGCUGGCGAGGAUGACAAGAAACAGGAUCCUUUCUGCAUCACUGUGGGGAUGGGAAGUCAUCAUGCCAAAGAGAAACUCUGUACCCACUAGUAGUCACUUCCUGUCACUCCCUUAACCCCUAUUCCCAGCCCUAGGCAACCACUAACCUAUUUGCUCUCUCUGUAGAUGUGCCUGUUCUGGACAUCACAUAGAAAUGGACUCUCAUAAUAUGCGGUCUUUUAGCUCUAGCUCCUUUCACUCAGCGUACUGUUUUCAAGGUUCAUCCCCGUUGUAACAUGGAUCAGCAUUUCCUUUUCUUUCUUUU